CUGGGCUGACAUUAUCUUUAAAUCCUUCGCCAGCCGCGCUCCUCCGCGCCUCAGAAUGCCCCGCCGCCUCUCCUCAUAAUGGCCGACUCCACUUCAAUUGACGCGCGGAACCAGGAUGGACAUACCGAGUGCCUCCAACCCCGGGCGCGCAAACCCGGGAAAAUCGAACUGUUGAAACCGCACAUGAGCGACGAGCUCCUGAGGCCGAAUGGGUAUCUGAGGGAGCCUCCGUCCUGCGUCUCGAGUGGCCGCUCGACGCCUAUACCUGCAGAUGCACCACCUUCUGUGCAGGCGUCCUCCUCCGCUCGACGCCAGAUUCGAGCACAGCAGAAACAGCGCAUGUUUCCCAGUAUCGAAUAUGUCGAUCGAGUCUCCCAUUUCGACCCGAUGAGCGACUACCGGGACUUCCGCGGUUUCUUCGUACUGUUCUGGAUAGGUCUUGCCAUCAUGGUCAUAACUUCCAUGCUUCGGAACUACAAGGAUACAGGCUACCCUCUGUCUAUCAGGCAAUGGAAUCUGUUCACGGAGAAGGUCUGGGAACUGGGCCUCAGCGAUGGAGCUAUGGUUGCUAGCACCGCUUUGUCGCUUCCGUUGCACAAAUUGUACAUGAGCAGCUUCGGCGUGUUCCGGUGGAAUAAUCUCGGCAUGGCUAUUCAGAGCAUAUAUCAAGCUGCUUGGCUUACGUUCUGGUGCUCUUUCCCCUUCAUCCGGGACUGGAGUUGGACCGCUCAAGUCUUCUUCACCCUGCAUUUACUGGCUAUCUUUAUGAAAAUGCAUUCAUAUGCCUUCUACAACGGCCAUCUAAGCGAAACAAGACGUCGGCUCAAUGACCUCGAUACCCCUGAUACAGCCUCUAAAGCUGCAGCUUACAGAUACCCCCAGCCGCGCACCCAUCUCCAAGAGAUUCCCCAGUCUCCUUCUCAAGCCCAGAAUUCGCAAAGCGUCAACGGGGAGAAGCUGCGCCAACUAAGAGAAGACCUUGCAUUCGAGUUGGCCUCGCCCUUAGGCCACGUCUCGUAUCCACAAAAUCUCACACUAUACAACUACGCUGAUUUCAUCUUCUGUCCGACUCUUUGCUAUGAACUUGAAUAUCCAAGAACUCCAAGGAUACGGUGGAUGGAAGUCUUCUACAAGACUUUGGCUGUAUUUGGCUGCAUCUUCCUCAUGACAGUCACCACUGAAGAAUUCAUCUUGCCAGUCUUGGACGAAUCUGCAGUCAGACUUCAGGCCUCGCAGAGCAUCUCCGACUUCGGCUUGAUAAUGGGAGAAACAAUCGGACGUCUGCUGUUCCCAUUUAUGGUCACGUUCUUACUCGUCUUCUUGGUGAUCUUCGAGUAUGUCUUGGGCGCUUUCGCUGAAAUAACCCGCUUUGCGGAUCGCCAGUUCUACGCUGAUUGGUGGAACAGCUGCGAUUGGCUUGAGUUCUCGAGAGAGUGGAACAAACCAGUUCACCACUUCUUCAGGAGGCACGUCUACUCCGCGUCCAAAAACCACACGUCGCGACCAGUUGCGACUGUUAUCACUUUCCUCAUUAGCGCGUUGGCACACGAACUUGUCAUGGGUUGCAUUACGCGCAAGUUCCGAGGUUAUGGAUUCUUCGCAAUGAUGCUCCAAAUGCCGAUCGUUAUGGUCCAGCGGUCUCGUUUUGUCCGCGGUCGCACUUUGCUCAAUAACGUACUAUUCUGGUGCUCUAUGAUUCUCGGACUUUCCAUGAUGUGUGCUUUGUACGUUCUUGUGUAGACCUAGAACCUAUGUAGCAUACGUUUGUACAAAUAUCCGUGGGCUAGGAAUAGGUAGAGGUACGCAUUCGAGAUACCCUUCCUUACUCUUCUGCAUUAUAUAGACGCAUAUAUCCCAUCGUUCUCAUCAACAUAUUUCAAAAUAUUCUCCUCAAUGAGAUAUUGGUAGACCUGUUUUCUGAACAUUAGUAGUUCCUUAAUGAUCUUGAGAAGAGCAUUACUAGGUCUUUAUCGUAACCAGGCCACUAUUCGAC